CCAUGCCGGGAAAAGGAGCUCUGAAAGAGCCCUAUUGAUUACGUUCUAUCGAAAUUCGUAGUCUCACUCGGACUUCUUUCUUCCACACUGCUAUUUGCUUCUCCUCUUGCUAAUCAGUAGCCUGCCUUUCUUUAUGCAACUGAGGUUCCAUGGAUGCCUUCUCGCCUGCACAGCUUCUUCCCAUUUCCUUUGAGAAGCCAACUCCUACUUGUUUUCUUUCUCACUCACAAAAUCAUACCUUCAAUUUUUUCUUUUCCACGUAUCACGUCAACCCUGGUCUCCGCUUUAUCUCCAAGUUCAGAACUCCACAAUCCCUUUUAAAUACGUCUUCCUUGGCCCCCGGAGCAGUUGAUAAAAUUGGUUCUCAUGCGUUAAGAGAAAUAUGCGAAGCCCAUGUUCCCCGGCAUAUAUUAGACAGGAUGGAAGAGAUUGGAUAUGUCAUGCCUACAGAUGUCCAGAGACAAGCAUUGCCUUCUCUUUUAUCUGGUCGCGAUUGCAUACUUCAUGCUCAGACAGGUUCUGGGAAGACGCUCGCAUACGUGCUUCUGAUAUAUUCCGUCAUAGACGCUGCAAAAUCUGCCGUGCAAGCUCUUGUUGUGGUGCCCACCCGUGAACUUGGCAUGCAAGUUGCUAAAGUUGCUAGGAUGUUGGCAGCAAGUCCGACAGAGGUUGAGAAGGAGCACAAGUCAUAUACCGUCAUGGCUCUUUUAGAUGGAGGAACAUUGAGAAGACACAAGAGUUGGCUAAAGGCAGAGCCUCCAAUGAUAGUAGUCGCAACAGUGGGGAGUUUAUGCCAUAUAAUUGAAAGACAAUUUUUAAAGCUAGAAACUGUGCGGGUGUUAGUAGUGGAUGAGGUUGACUUUAUUUUCAAUUCUUCAAAGCAAGUCAGUUCCCUUCGAAAACUUUUAACUCUGUAUUCGUCAUGCAAUAACCGUCAAACGGUUUUUGCCAGUGCGUCUAUACCACAACACAGGCGAUUUCUUCAUGAUUGUGUGCAGCAGAAAUGGACUAAGAGUGAUGUGGUCCAUAUUCAUGUCAGCCCAGUUGAGCCCAUGCCAUCACGCCUGCAUCAUAGAUUUGUAGUAUGUCAUAGGAACAAGAAGCAACAAACCCUGUUAUCUUUGAUACAAUCUGAUGCACCUGAGUCUGGCAUUAUAUUUGCCAGUGAGCAGUCUAAGAGGUCAAAACAGGCAGGAAAUGCUCCAUCAACGUCCCUUCUGGUUGACUUUCUGAAGACUUCAUACCAAGGUUCUUUAGAUAUCCUCCUCCUUGAGGAAGAUAUGAAUUUCAAUUCACGGGCAGUUUCACUGUUGGAGGCAAGGAAAGGUGGCGGCUAUCUUCUUGUAGCAACAGAUAUAGCUUCAAGAGGAGUUGACCUUCCGGAAAUGUCCCACAUUUACAACUUUGAUCUGCCCAAGACUGCCAUAGAUUAUCUUCAUCGGGCAGGUAGGACUUGUAGGAAACCUUUUUCUGACAUGAAAUGUACUGUUACCACUAUCAUAGUUCCAGAGGAGCGGUUUGUUCUCCAGAAGUAUGAAAAUGAGUUAAUGUUCAAUUGUGAAGAGCUUACUUUAUAAUCCAUAUCUUAACUUCCACGCGUAUUGAUUAGAUGGCAUAUUCUGCCUCAAAUUGGCUUUAUGAUUAGUCUGAGUUAUCCUUCCAACUUUCAGGUUAUUCAUUAUGUUUACAUUUGUAGAACAUUGUUUGGAUCAAAAAAAUUGAUUUCCCUAUCAUAAUGUUAUAUUUUAGAAAUGUUGUGAUCU